AUGGCUCCAUCAGUUACCAACCUGGGUACUUUUGUCGGUAUCGUUGUGGUUUCGCUAGCUAGCGGAUACUAUUUGGGUAGAGUGAACGUCUCUUCUGGAUUAGCAAAGAAGGAACAAGCUAAGGAUAUCUUACGCAAAUGCAAAGUACAGGCUCAAAAAGAGCGUGAUGCCGAAGGCGAGGACUACGAAGACGACAACGAAAGCUGCGAUGAUGGUUCCGAUGAGGAUGAGGAUGAGGUCGAAAUCAAUUCGUUGUCUCUGAAUGACAUUCCUGGCGAAGUCAAAAUGGCAUUGGUAAUUCGUCAAGACCUGGCGAUGAAAAAAGGUAAAAUCGCAGCGCAAUGUUGCCAUGCUGCAUUGGCGUGCUACAGGUUGAUUGCCACAGAUCCCAGCCGGGAUUCUUUUAACUUACAAAUGACUCAAAGAUGGCUUCAUCACGGCCAAGCUAAAAUUACUCUAAAAUGUCCCGAUAAAGAGACGAUGGACGAGUUAUUCGCAAUGGCAUUAUCUUUGGGAGUGAACUCGUAUGUUGUUCAUGAUGCUGGCAGAACUCAAAUAGCAGCUGGUAGUGCCACAGUUCUUGGGCUGGGACCAGCACCAAAAGCCGUCAUGGAUCAAAUCACAGGAGAAUUAAAGCUGUAUUAA